UCAGUGAUGAUUUUUUUGACAUUGGGCUAAAGUUUUCAGUUUUCUAUUUUCAUCAAGCUGCUGUUCUGGCCAGCUCAGUAUCAAUUUUGUUCUUUCUAGAAUAACAUUGUGCUAGAUGUUAGGGGCGCCGAGUCUCCUACGAAUCGCUCACCCUUUCACGCAGACCAACGAAGUCAAAUUUUGUUUAUCAAAACACCAGUUCUCCUAGCUGAUGUGCACUGCAGUAAGUCAUGGCAGGAGAAAACCAGGGUCUAACUGAUGUGUUAGGAGAGUAUGACCGGAUUGUGAGUCAACUGGCAAAAGGUCUACUUCCAGAAGAUAGUACGGCAACGCUUCGAUCAGCUGCACUGCUCGAGCAGGACAAGAAUUGUGCAAAACUCGUUGAAUCGCUCGGCGCAGCUGAUGCAAACUUGCAGAAGGUGUUUGACAAAGCCAUUCCUCGUUGCACCGUCAGUUCUCAAGGAGUAGCAAGCAGCGGCAGUUUCUCAGUGUCUGAGGAUGUACGCUCUGUGCAGAAAGAUCUGCUCGAAGCGCAGCAGUGCCUGGACCAAGCCGUGUUUCAAGCGAAGAAGCAACUGGAUGCCAUCAGCCAGAGUGAGCGAGGUUCGAUCAAGGCCGACACGCUGGUAAAGUUUGCACAUCGGAUUAGCCAGGCGAAUGCAGUAGCUGCACCACCAGGAUGGACCGCAGGGGACCCUCGUCGCCCAUACCCGUCUGACUUUGAGAUGCGUAUAGGCUCACUGGGGUCGCUCGGAGCGCCUACGGGUGCAGCGGAUACAGCGGCGGCGGGUAGGGGUCUAGCGGAGGCAAUGGACACUACAGCAAGCGCCAGCAAGCCACACACCACCAGCCAGAGUUCUGCCGACGCAACGGGCACAGCUGCCACGUUCAACGCAGCCGAAUCGAACACAGCUGGUCCAGCCGGCUCCAGGUCACCUCCGAUUGCACAAUGGCAACCUAUGAAUUUCAAUGAGGGUGAUUUCUCCUCGGAUAGUUCAGAUUCCGACUCUCCAUUGCACUCGCACGGACCACCCAGCCAUCCGCCUGCUCAGGGUCACAGCGGAUCAGCUCUAGUCAACGGUAGCUCGGAGGCAAACGGUAACGCUGCGUCCAGCCGUGCGCCGGCGAACGCCGAGCCUGGUCACUUGUCGGCCGACUCCUCUUCAUCCAGCUCGUCUUCGGAUGAAAAUGACUAGCGUCUCUCUGGAAACAUUGUCACGAGUUGAGUGUCUUUUGUCGUAAGAUGUUUUUUGCCUUGGUAGAAAGCCUUUUUUUCUUUUCUUUUUUUAAUGAUUGAGUUCUCUACUCUUUUCAGUACAUGUACUUGAAAGAUGUCAAUGAAAGUACAUGCACAUGGCCUAUUCAAUAUCUUGAGGUCUCAUUGGGAGUCAUUUCAUACAUGUCUGUUCAAAGUGUUCAUACUUGAUGUUCCCUUGACGUGUUGGCUCCAAGCCCGGCCGCACGCACUUAGUCACUGCUCAGACCGUCAUCCGUAAGAAUAUCAGGCUUUAUUAUCAGCAGUUUGAAAUUUUGAAUUCAAACCCUUUGGCCAAUGGUUACGUUACGUUCAGUAAAUGUCCCAGCGAGUCACAUUGCAGUGAGCUGAGUAAGACCUGAUGAAACUCAACGACGUGAAUGCAUUUAGCCGUGUCUGCGUUUCUCAUG